ACCAAGGUGGACCCGUGUGACGGUUUCCCUGAUUGAUAGCAGUCACAACCAGCAUCCUCUUUUCUGUUUUUUCCCCCUGUCCUGGGUUUCCGUUCUCGUUCACAGCACCGCACGAUGAGGAAGCCGAUUUACUCACUGACCCGUAAAUUGGGACGUAUGUCCUGGAACAAAUAUAAUCUGUACAAUAUUGCGACCAAGCAGUUCCCCAGAUUACAUGAGAAAACUUUGUACCAACAGAAAUGGAUCUCCAAGCGAGAAACUCGAGCUUAUCACGGUGACGAAGUGACCGAAAAGCAGUUCAAGGCCAAAUUCUUUGAAUCCCGAUUGCCUACCGUGAAUGCUGCAGCGUCCAACGUUCCUCAUCCUCCCGUUGCUGUACUCACCUACGCUGAAUUGGAAAGACGUUUGGAUUUCAUUGUGUUCCGUUCCAACUUUUGCCCCUCCAUUUACGCUGCUCGUCAAUUGUGUGUUCACGGCAAAGUCAAGCUUAACGGCAAAAAGAUGGCAUUCCCUUCGCACAAAGUGAAAGACGGCGAUGUGAUCUCGGUGGACCCUGAUGCCAUUCAAAUGCUGAAAGGAGAAAAGGGAACCGAACUCGAAUAUGAACUUAGACCAUUCUCUCAGCCAUUCUUGUUUGUGCCGGAAUAUCUUGAAGUGAAUUACAAUACCUGUCAAACUGUGUUCCUGAGAUCACCGAUUUCUCGACCUGGACGUUCCGAAAUUCCUUCACCGUUGCCUCCCAACCUGCAUUCAUUGGCAUACGAAUACUACACUAGAAACAAAUAAUCGUUGCAUCUUUGAAUGAUCUUCCAUUCUUUUUUCUUUUCCACAUUUCCUUUCUUUUUUUUUUAUUUGGUUUGUAAUCAUUUUAAACAAAAAAAAGUCGCUAUUUAAUAGUCAA